CGAAUAUGCUUUUGAUAAAUGGCAUUUACUCAUCCUGAAUAUAUUAAAUUAUUAUUCCAACUUCUUCAUCUUCUUACUUCAUGUUGAACAGUUACAAACUUUUGACAUUAAUUGUACUUCGUUGCUGGAAGGCUUUCGAUUUCAACUUGUCCUGAUAAAUAUUCUUGAUGUUAAUAACGUAGAACUGUA